AUGGCCAGUGACACUAUUACCCCCGCCUCGCCUCCACCCGCUGGUCUGACAUCCAAUUUCGUUGACCCGGACUAUGUCGGCACCAAAUUUUUAGUGGUGAACUGUGUAUUUCUACCCUUGGCCAUCAUUGGUCUCGCCAUACGAACAUGGACGCGAUUAUUCGUUGUGCGAAGUUUUCGCGCCGAUGAUUAUUUAAUGGUGAUUGCUCUUAUUUUAUCAUGCGUUCUGAGCGGAGUGACACUAGAGAUGCUCAAUUGGGGACUGGGAAAGCACAUGUGGGAUGUUCCGCUGAGCGAAUUCUCACCGGAGUUUAACAAGGUUGGUGAAGUCGCUUACAUUCUUGCGCUGAAUCUCAUCGCCGCCAUCUUCUACUGUGCAGCAACCGGAUUUACCAAAUGUUCCGUCCUCAUCUUUUACCUCCGAAUCUUCCCAAGUCGCAAUUUCCAUAUCGCUGUCUGGACGCUCGUUUUUAUUGCGGCGGGAUAUAGUAUCGCCAGUGUAUUGGCCAACAUUCUCAGCUGCCACCCAGUUGCCAAAUCCUGGGAUUCCACAAUAACAACUGGAUACUGUAUGAACCGACCUGUCUUUUACUUCGCCAAUGCCGGCUUGGGCAUUUUUACCGACUUUGCGACUGUCGCUGUUCCGAUUCCAUGGAUCCGUCGAUUACAAAUGCCAUUGCGACAGAAGAUCGCUAUUUGUGCGAUAUUAGCAAUGGGAUGCUCUGUUGGGAUUGUUAGCUGCAUCCGCCUUGUUAGUUUAUAUAAACUUUUGACUAGUGUUGAUCUUACUUGGACAACCACCGACGCGCUUAUGUGGUGCGCAAUCGAACUUAACCUUGGAAUCUUUGGUGGCUCUGUCACUGCCAUACGACCAUUUAUCCGAAGAUACUUCCCCCGUCUCCUCGGUCUAUCCUCCGGUGGCGACUAUUACGGAUCGCAAUCCCGAAAGCAAGUACAUCCGUUAAACUCAUUGCCUCGGAGCGGGCAACCUGACUUUUCGAACCGCGAUAAUCACUAUUCCACCACGCUCACCACAUCUCGCAAUGCCCCCGAUAAUGAUAGCGAAGAGCAUAUACUAUCCCCGGAUAAUACCGGUGGUCCAAAAGAGCUGGAUGGCAUUAUUCGGACGGUUGAGUUUGACAUAGAGAACACAUCCUCAUCCAGUGCGGUACCAUGA